CUAAAGUGGUAUAUAUGUUUGUGUUAUCGGUAUUUUUAGGGUUUCCUCAUCUGGCCACACUGAUAACAUCUUGUUGUUUACGUUUUGCAUGCAUUUCAAUUUGCCACAAAAAUGAUGCAAAGAUUCCCAGCGCAGGCGACGGUGGAGAAUCCCCGGUACGGACAGCUGAUCAUUGGACCACCUGGUUCCGGAAAGACCACCUACUGCGCCGAAGCCUUGAAGUUCUACCGCGAACUGGGCCGCCAAGUGGGCGUGGUGAAUCUGGACCCGGCCAACGAGAACAUGUCCUAUGAACCGGUGCUCAGUGUAAUGGAGCUUAUCACCGUGGAGGAUUGCAUGGAGCACCUGCAGCUGGGGCCGAAUGGAUCCCUGAUGCACUGCGCGGAGUACCUGGCAGAACACCUGGAGGAUUGGCUGCUGCCGGCACUGCGAAAACUUGGAGCCACCCACAACUACUUCCUGUUCGAUUGCCCCGGGCAAAUUGAGCUCUACACUCAUCACAGCGCUAUGGCACGGGUUUUCGAGCGAUUGGAACGGGAGCGAUAUAGUCUGGUCACCGUGAACCUCAUCGAUUCGCAUUACUGCUCCGAGCCGGCCAAAUUCAUUGCCACCCUGCUGAUGGCUCUUAAUACCAUGUUGCGGAUGAGUCUGCCCCACGUUAAUGUCCUCUCCAAGGCUGAUUUGCUAAGGAAGCACGAGGCCAAGCUGCACUUCAAUGUGGACUACUACACUGACGUUCUGGACCUGAAAUACCUGCUAGACAAGCUGGACGACGAUCCGGCUAUGCGCAAGCACCGCAAACUGAACGCCGCCAUCUGCUCCAUGGUAGAGGACUACGCCCUGGUCUCGUUCCAACUGUUGGAUGCCUUCAGCACGGACAGCAUGUUGCGACUGCGCAACCACAUUGACAAGGCAAACGGAUAUGUAUAUAAGGCGGGCGAGGAGCAGACCGUCAACUCAUUGCUGGCCUGCGCCGUGGGAGCGGAAACGGAGGCAUCUCGCCAGCAGCAUGACAUUCAGCCCUAUAUGGAUUGAAAGUACUUGGUAAAUUCGAAAAUUGGCAUAAGAGUCUGUGAUAAACUUACUGUUUUCUAAAGACAAUACUUUUGUGGCAAAAUUUAGAGGCCCAAGAUACGUUAGCUGCCUUUAGAGAACCGAAUCCUAAGUAGUUGAGCAAUAAAAAGUUAUUCAAGAUUUGUUGUUCAAUUCUCAGAUGGCAAACAGUUUUACAAAAUAAAAAUAGGAACUUAAAAUAAAAUGUUUCCUAAACAUGAUGUUCUUAA